CAGCAUCUUGAGCCAGCUGCGGAACUUCCAAUCGAGCCAUCCAAGCGGCGUGUCGAGAUCAGAUCAGAUUGCAGGCACCCUCAAUUGGCAUCACAUCAUGCUGGCGACAAGAGCACUCCGAGCGGCCCACGGGCCCAAGCCCAACAUCACUGGCUUCAACAUGCGAGCCCUCAAAGAGGCCACUGGCCAGCCCCGAUACGACCCCUGGGAGAGAGCCGAGGCAUGGCGAUACAAGGGCACCUUUUCCAGAUGGAACCGAUUCCGGAGCGGCUUCCCUGGCUUGGGAAUUGCGUCUGUUGCAUUCGCCGGAUACUGCGCCUACGAGUACCUCUUCCUCAACGACGCACACCACGGCGAGGGACAUGGCGAGGGGCACCACUAGAGCGUUUUUUUGCGAGCGAGGGCAGUCAGGAGGUGUGAGGAGGGGUUUUUUUGAGAAGAGGGACUUGUGUGUGAGAGGGCAAGAGAGAGAAAAUGUAUAUACAUCUCUCAGAAGAGAAGAAAACUCAGGCCUGGUCUUGCGGCGGGCAAAAAUGAAUCCAACACAAAUCAAUAUAAACUCUAUUUAGAACACGGUGUAGCGAAAGAAACUAUGCUAAAAAACAACACAAUGUGAGGUAUAUGCCUAGC